AUGGAUAUCGUUAACCGCGCCUCAGACCUCACCACCAGAGACUUCGGCUUUGGAGGGCAUGGUGCACAUAUUGUCAUUCCGUCCAUAGCCGGGCCUUUACUCGCGGCCGGUCUUGUCUUCAACAGAUUGUACUGGCGAAUUCGCCUUGUUCGAACGCUUGGAAUCGAUGACUUGUGCAUCGGACUAUCACUGAUCUUUCUCUUCGCCUUGGGUAUUGUCAACCUUGUUGGUGUCAAUCAUGGUUAUGGACAGCCGUCAAAUUCACUUCAUCCGGCCGACCUCCAACUAGCCCUUCAGAUGUUCUAUCUCGACCAAAUCUUCUACAAAUUCACCAUCAACUUCACCAAACUCUCAAUUCUGACCCUGUACCUCCGCAUCUUCACUGCACCCUGGUUCGUGCAAACCUGCUGGUGUUGCUUCGCCAUCGUCUGCGCAUACGCCAUAGCCUCCAUACUGGCCACUGUCUUCCAAUGUACUCCCAUCAACUACUAUUGGGAUCACCAUGCCCCCCCUGUGCCUACAAACCACAACCCUGGCGUCAAGAGUUCAGAAUCCCAUCCCCGCUGCAUCAACACAACUGCCUUCUGGCUCGCCAACGCAAUCUACAACAUCUCCACUGACAUAAUAAUUCUAACCACACUUCCCUUCAUGAUCUGGUCUCUCCGCCUGCCCCGCUCCCAAAAAAUCGGCCUGACUUUCGUCUUUGGGCUGGGCAUCUUCGUCUUCGCCACCAGCAUCUUGAGAUCCACAACUCUAGAAAGUGGCAGUAAAGCCAAAGAUCCCAUGGUCGGCACUGUGGCGAGCACGAUGUGGACAAUGAUUGAAGCUAGUACUGCAGUGAUUUGUGCGUGUCUGCCAAUGUGUAGGACGCCGUUACAGAGGACGUGGCCCAGACUUUUUCCGAGCAAGUAUGGGAGUGCGGGCGGUUUGCAGACGCAUACCCCAUCGCAGACGGCGGUUAGCGGGUUGAGAUCUCGAAGGACUUUGGUGGAGACGGAUAGUCCGAAAGUAAAUGGGAUUGGACUUGCAAAUGGCGGCGCUAAGCCAUUACCGAAUUCAGCCCAGAAGCCAAGGGAGAUGAGUGGUGGCAUGUUGGCUGGACGUCAUGGACCAGGUGGUAGGACGUUAGCGGAUAGCGAGGAGGACUUCUCGGACGUUCACUUUGAGGACCUUGAGAUGCAGUCUACUUCUAUGUCUGCUCUUCCUUCGCGGAGUGAGGAUGAAUCGAGGCCGGAGAGGACGGGAAUUAUGGGUGGGGUUGUGCCAAUGAGGAUGAAGCGAUGGUGA